AAAAUAAGCAGACAGAGCGCGGCCGGACCGACACCGACCAGAGAGACGAUAAAGAAUCUGAGAAGAAAUACAGUUGCAUUUGUGGUUGUGGCCGACUUUCGCCGGAGCGUAAUUUUCCUUUUGCCGGAGAUUCGGACUUCUUUCUUGGUGAUUUCUACGUUCUUGCGGGCGAAAAUGGCUUCGAAUCCUUCUCCUGAGCCUGAGAUUGGGCCCGACGGUCUCGCCAGAGAAUCUCCGAUCAUCGCCUACACCGAGAAGGUUAUGUCCCUCUCUCUCUCUCGUUAUGGUUCUCAUUUCCAAUUACGAUCAGUUGGCCUAAUGAAGUUUUCAUCAUCUGGCAUUUGCGUUUUCCUUUCAGGUAAUUGCAGAAGAGCAGCUUCAAUUACACAAAUAAACAAGUCGAUGCUACUUGGUGUAGAGCGAGAGCUUGCAAAUCUAUCCAUGGAGAUGAAACUAACUGCUGGACCUUAAAAAAGCUGCACUCGAGCAUCUGAAAAUGAAAAUUGAAGUUUCAACUGUAAAGAUUCGUCAAGCCAAGGUGAAGGAGGAACAAGCACGGAAGGUUAGGCCCCUAAGCCUUUAAACUCCCAACCUUAGCCACUUCUCUGUUAAAAGCAUUUAA